GUGACGAGCAUGGCGCUUGUGUUCGUGGUUAUUCGCGUCUUGUUGGGGCUGUUCUUUAUGCUGACGGGAGCGAUCAAGCUGACGGAUCGGAUCUCCCCGGAAUUGCAUGCGGAGGCGGUUGAUGAGUUUGUGAAGUUCGCUGAAGUGUUCCCUUUAAUUGACACGGGUAUUGAGGUAGAUCCAAUGAAUUACCUAAAGACGGUGGGCUGGAUCGAAUUGAUUGGAGGAUUUCUACUGGCGUUUGGAUUGAAGUUCAUGCAGGAAGUCAGUGAUAUUGUCCUUGCAAUCGUUAUGAUGGGUAAGAAAUGACACAGUCCAGUAAUAUAUACUUCAGCCAGACUCACUCAUGAUUAGCACGGGCUUUGUUGUGAGCAUGCUGCUCAAUCAGAAACUCUGCUAUUCCUUCACUUCACUGGCAAAUAAGGUUGUUCAAGCACUGGCGGUGCAUCUGACUUCACAGGAAAAAAUAAUCAGUGAAGCGUGAGGAUAGAAUGAAGAAACAAGACUCUUCAUCCUCAAAUAAAGGUGAAUGAUGGUGUCCUUGUCAAAUGAUAUUAAACAGCACAGAAAAUACAA